GGUGGACGUUGCACAGCCUUCCCGACCAGCUAGACCAGACUCAGACGCGACUCGAGGAUGGUGUCGGCGUCGAGAUCGCCGUCGACGAUGCUGCGGCUCUGCCGGGUUGCAGCCCCACUGCGAGCACAGACGCGGCCGCAGCGAUUCACGCGACCGCUCUCGACGGCUGUGCCAAGGAAGAGCGCGCCGGGGCAGGAAGAGAAAGGGAGUACUGGCGGCGGCAGUGAGGGCAGCGGCGGGGGCGAGCGAUCGGGCUUCUUCAACUCGACAGGAUGGGAGACGGCCAUGGGCGCCUCGGCGGGCGUCCUGCUCCUGGGCGUGGCCGCGAUGGCCUACCAGGCGUGGUACAAGGCCCACGUGCUGCACAAGAUGGAGGCCGCCUUCAAUGGCGGCUACGACCCCGUCCUGGCCCUCGCCAAGUCGGGCGAUUCGCAGGCCCACGUCACCGAGCUCGACCCGCCGCGGCCGGAGCAGGCGAUGAUCCAGAGCAUCAUCGAUGGAAAGGAGACCGGCCACUACUUUUUGGUCCUAGGCAGCAAGGGCUCGGGGAAAACGACGAUGAUCAUCGAUGCCAUGGCCCGGAGCCAGGCCGAGGGGUGCGCCCUGUUUGAGGCCCACAACGACCCGUCCAUCGUCGUCGACCGCUUCUCCGAGUCGAUCAACUACAACAUGAACAGAGACUAUCUGGGUAAUCUGCUUGGUCUCUCGGACCUCUCGGGCAUGUCCGUCUACCAGUCGGUGGAGCGGGCGCUGCACAAGCUCGAAAAGGCCCUCAUCCGAUACAGCGAGCGGACAGGAAGGCCGGCCAUCAUUGUCAUGAACUCAGCCCACCUGCUGCCCCGGGACGACGACGGGAGAAAGCUGCUCCAGCUCUUCCAGCAGCGUGCCGAGAAGUGGGCUUCUGCGGGCACGGCGACAUUUGUGUUCACCUCCAACGACUACUGGGUGUUUGACGUCCUGCGCAAGAACUCGAACCGGAUGGACACGCUCACCUUCAAGGACCUCUCGCGCUCCCAGUCGCUCGAGGUGCUCCGGCAGUGCAGGGCGCACUACUACGGCAAGGAGCAGGCCCUGCGCGAGGAGCGCGCGGGCAUGUUUGCGAGCGUGUACGACAUUGUCGGCGGCAGGCUGGCCCUGCUCAACUCGGUGAGCAGGCGAAAGGACCUCGUCGAGGCGGCCGAUCAGCUCGUCGAGGACGACACCCAGUGGCUGCUCAGCAAGACGGGCAUCAUUGAGGACCACGACGACGAUGUCAUGGAUGAGCAGAAAUGGUCCACAUGCUCCUGGCUCCUCUUCAGCGAGCUGGCCAAGCGGCACGCGGACCUCGAAGCGGCCCUGCCAAGCUCCAAAAGCGAAGCUGAAGCAGAAGGCAAGACCGAAGCAGCCCCACACAAUGUGACGGACCCCACGCAGGACAAGGAAGAGGACGUCCGGGGCUGCGAUGUGCCCAACCCACACUUGACGUGGGGCGAGGCAAGGCAGGUCAUGACGAGGCCAGACUUUAUCCUCGAGCUCGACCACCUCAAUAUCAUUCACAUCGACCGGCACCACCACAUCCGCGCCGACUCGAUGCCGCUGCUCCGGGCAUUCCGCAAGGUGGCCGAGAUGCCCGGGUACGCAGAGAAGCUCGAGUCGGUCAUGGACCGCGUCUCAGCCAUUGAGAGCCUGGGCCGAACGAGGGAACUCGUCUGGAAGGAGCAGGGCGACGGCGGCCGCUUCUUGCUCCGGCACGACGCCAAGGGCAGGGAAGUCGAGAGCUGGACGCUUCUCGGCGGCGACGAGAGGCUGGGCAGGGAGCAAGAGCCAGAGGAGGAAGACAAGGGACAAUAGAAGAGGCAAUGACGUAUAUAAAAUUACAAUACUGCUGCCUCAUGUAUGCGCAAAGAUCUGCCGUGCCAAUCGAUCCCCGUCUGUCUCGCGCUGCACGGCAAUGGCGA